GCCACUUUAUUCCCUUGAACUCACCUAAAAAGAAGACGAUCCUACCUCGAUCCUCCUUGUGUUCAGAAACAACCAGCCCCUACCUUUCUCUCUCUUUAUCUUCUCUCCAACCUCUCUAGCUUUUGCUAGAAAUUUAGAAAGAGCCAAACAGCUUCUUUUGCUCUUGUUUGUUCCCACAUACCCUGUUGUUGUUGCUCAGCAUGAUCAACAAUACCCUCUAAAAACACUGUUUUUGUUUUCUCAUAGCUUACCCCAAAGGGAGAUCUUGUUAUUCCUAUCGAAAAACUUUCACUAACUAAUUGAAAAAUGGGCGCAGCAUCACCUUCUGAACUAAGCCUUGAGUGCAAGCCUCACAGCUAUUCCAUGCUCCUUAAAUCAUUUGGCGACCAUCAUCACCAGGCCGCCACGACGACGCCAUCUCAUGACCUGAAGCAGCUCGAAGAGAUACUCUCUCGUCUAGAAGAAGAGCGUCUCAAGAUCGAUGCCUUCAAGCGCGAGCUUCCUCUCUCCAUGCAGCUCCUCACUACGGCUGUGGAGGCAUCAAGGCAGCAGCUACAAGCUUACAGAUCAUCGUCGGCAAAUAAUCAAGGACCAAUUAGGCCGGUUCUUGAAGAAUUCAUACCUCUUAAACAUUCAAAUUCUGAAGGCUCAGAGAAACCAACAAACAGUUCUGAUAAGGCAAACUGGAUGACCUCUGUCCAACUAUGGAGCCAAGCUGAUGCAACCAAACCAAAAGAACAAGGUGAUAUGGGGUUCAAUGUCAGCCCCAAGCUAGCCCUAGACACCAAGCAGCAAAGAUCUUACGGAGGAGGAGCCUUCCAUCCAUUUUCGAAAGAUAUUCGCAACUCGGGUCCAUCCCCGAACCUGCAAACUCUUCCGGAGUUGGCUCUCGGCUCUCCGGAGAACAAAGCCGGCGAGAAUAUGGAUCAGGACAACAAAUGCUCCGAGUUGGGUGAGAAUGGUAUCAACUGCGGUGUGGUUAGUACCACUCAAGAUCAACAAGGCAAGGCAAUAGAAGGCCAAACAAGCACUAUCACCACCACCAACACCAACACAAGUACUCAAAACAGUAGUCACAGGAAGGCCAGGCGGUGCUGGUCGCCGGACUUGCACAGGAGAUUCGUUAGCGCCCUCCAAAUGCUUGGUGGUUCUCAAGUGGCCACACCAAAACAAAUAAGGGAGCUCAUGAAAGUUGACGGUUUGACCAAUGAUGAAGUUAAAAGUCAUCUGCAGAAGUACAGGCUCCACACUAGACGGCCCAGCCCAAGCCCACAGACAACGGGAGGCCCAACGCCGCAGCUGGUGGUCCUAGGUGGCAUCUGGGUUCCACCGGAGUACGCCACGGCAGGUCACAAUGGGCCCACGGCCCUAUACAGCCCAGCCUCCCACGCUCCGACACACUACUGUGCAACCCCAAUGCCACAAGACUUCUACACUACGGCACAGCAGCAGCCGCAGUCAGGUCACCACCAGCUGCACCACCACACGCUCCACCACCAGCUCCACGUGUACAGAGCCAGCACUACUUCCCGGACGCAAAGCUCGCCGGAAUCUGACCUGAGAGGAAAUGGUGACCGGUCUGAGAGCAUCGAAGAUGGAAAGUCUGAGAGUGGGAGCUGGAAGGCUGGGACUGAGAGUGGUGAGAAAGGCAUGGCUGCCCGGAGAUCGGAAGACCGUGAGGAAAGCAAUGGAAGUCAGAUCACACUCAAGUUCUGAUUAAGAUUAGGGUUAGGGUUUAGGAGUAAGGUUAGGGUUACCAUUUUGUAUGCUUCCAUAAUGAGGACUAAGAUGUUUAAUUCCAAAUUUAUCAUUAUUUAAUGUGAAAUAUAUUGGGAGAGUGAGGGUUAACUUAGUGAGUGUAAAAAGGUCAUAAAGGAGAAAGUGAGUGUUUGUUUUGUUUUCCUUU